AUGGAAAUUCGAAUCUGUGGAAAAUAUAGGCUAGGAAGAAAAAUAGGCAACGGGAGUUUCGGGGAAAUUUAUCUAGGGACGAAUAUCCAAACUAAUGAAGAAGUCGCGAUAAAAUUAGAAAACGUAAAAACUCGCCAUCCCCAAUUAUUAUAUGAGUCACGUAUAUAUCGCAUCAUCCAGGGAGGCCCAGGAAUUCCAGCAAUCCACUGGUUUGGGGUUGAAGGAGAAUUUAAUGUCCUCAUAAUUGAUUUACUAGGCCCAUCUCUUGAAGAUUUAUUUAAUUAUUGCCAAAGACGUUUUUCUCUCAAAACAACCUUAAUGGUUGCUGAACAAAUGAUUUCGCGUAUUGAAUACAUGCACGCUAAAAACUUCCUACAUAGAGACGUGAAGCCAGACAACUUUUUAAUAGGACUAGGCAGAAAAUGCAAUUUAUUACACAUAAUUGAUUUUGGAUUGGCGAAAAAAUACAGAGACCCAAAGACAAACCAGCAUAUUCAAUAUGUUGAAGGGAAAAAUUUAACUGGAACUGCCAGAUAUGCAUCGAUAAAUACCCAUAUGGGCAUUGAGCAGUCACGAAGAGACGAUUUAGAAGGCUUGGGAUAUGUUUUUAUGUAUUUUUUAAGAGGAUCUUUACCUUGACAAGGAUUAGCAGGAUCUAAUAAAAAGGAAAAAUAUGUGAUAUAGAGAUUUCCCUUAAAUAUUCUUUAAUAGAUUUAAAAAAUACUAAUUCAGCUAUUUAUGGAGAUAUAAUAGAAUAUUAGAAAGAAAAGUUGGGACAAGCACAGAAGCUUUAUGCAGAGGGUUUCCUAUAGAAUUCCAAACUUAUAUUACCUAUUGCAAAUCUUUGGGAUUCGAAGAUAGACCUGAUUAUGCUUAUAUCAAAAGACUGUUUAAGGAUUUGUAUAAUAAAGAAUUCAGGGAGGUGGAUUUUAUUUUUGACUGGAUCUUGAUAGGACCGAAAAAAAGAGAAGUGAAAGAAGAGAAAAAAAGUGAAAAUUUCGGCCAAAGUAAAAAAUAA